AUGUAUGGGGGUGGGGAGAAAGGAGGAAACCCUCGGCCACCUCCCUUGAGGAUUGGCCGGUUGGGUUUUGGCGGGAGUAUUGUGGCCCCGCCCCCUACUCCUUCCCUUUCUCAUCGCCACCUGCCGCAGCUGUUUGAGGGAGGUACUAGUCGGAGCCGGGACCUUGGAGGCGAGAUCCCGGAUGCCCCUCGAGGGAGCUCCGUGGGGCCUGCUGGGCCUUUGCUCUGCUCCAAGAGGGACUGCCUCGCUCAGCACCCCCUCACUCCCCAGCCCUCCAGAAUGAGCAGGGACAGCUCCUCGGACGGGAGCGCCGAAGAAGAUGGAGAGAAUGGGGUGUCGGGAUGUCAGGAAGAAGACACUUUCAAGGAUAUAUCCACGUACUUUUCCAAAAAGCAAUGGAUGGAGCUGAGAGAAUGGGAGAAAGUGCGAUUUAAGAAUGUAAAGAGGAACUAUGAGGCCAUGAUUAAAAUAGGUCUCAGUGCUUCUCGACCAACUUUCAUGUGCCGGGGCAAGCAAAAUAGGAGAGCCAAAGUAGAAGAAUCUGGAGAUUCUGAUGAAGAAUGGGUACCUAAGCAAUUAGAGUGCAGAAAAAAGGAGGUUGCAGUCCAUAUCUACAAUUUGCGGGAACGGAAGUAUCGAAUGUACCAAGAAAUCUGGGACCCUCAGGAUGAUGACUAUCUCUUCUGUGAGGAGUGUCAAACUUUCUUCUUGGAAGCCUGUGCUGUUCACGGGCCCCCAAAAUUUGUCCAGGACGGUGCCAUGAUCAAGGGAUAUCCUUACUGCUCAGCCAUCACCCUGCCCCCGGGGUUAAGAAUUGGACUUUCGGGAAUUCCUAAUGCAGGACUUGGUGUAUGGAAUGAAGGCUCAAAUCUACCCCUGGGUCUGCACUUCGGACCCUACGAAGGGAAAGCCACAGAGGAUGAUGAGGCUGCCAAUAGUGGAUAUUCCUGGAUGAUCACCAAGGGGAGAAAUAGUUACGAGUAUGUGGAUGGGAAAGAAGAGUCUUGCUCUAACUGGAUGAGGUAUGUGAAUUGUGCCCGGGAGGAGGAGGAACAGAACCUAGUGGCAUUCCAGUAUCAAAGACAAAUCUUCUACCGAACCUGCCGAGUCAUUCGGCCUGGCUGUGAGCUCCUUGUCUGGUACGGGGAUGAGUACGGUCAAGAAUUGGGCAUCAAGUGGGGAAGCAAGUGGAAAAGGCCCCUCACAGGUAUCACAGACUUCUCCACUCAUGCCUUCCUCAGUCAACAAGGGCUCAAACAGCCCUCUCAAGGAUUCCUGGAUUCAACCACAGGAAGUCAUGGGCUGGGCGAUCUCCAUCCAGACCAGCUGCUUCCACCUGGUUACAGUUGUGUAAGUGACAAAGCAGAAACAUCACGAAAAGAACACCCUAGCUCCUUGUGGGAGAAGAUCAAGCAAGUGGAUCUGGAGGAACCAGCCAGCCUUCCUCAGAGACAGCAAGUGAGAGAGAAGGAAAGCAACCUUGGGGAGUGGGAUCUCAGCAGGAUCCAAGGGGAGAGAGUGAAACUGACCUCAUUGGCAUUACAGGAGGAAUCUCAAGAAGGGCUUGGGCAAUACAAGUGUGGUGAAGGCAAGCAAAGAUAUAGCUCAAAGUCAGGCCUUAUUAGACAUAGGCAGCGGACACACUCAGGAGAAAAGCGUUAUGUGUGCGAGGAGUGCAAGCGGGGAUUUGCACGGAGGUCAUACCUCAACAUACACAGGCGGAGACACUCAGGACAGAAGCCUCAUGUGUGUGAGGAGUGCAAGCGGGGAUUUGCAGACAGGUCAACCCUCAUCAGACACAGGUGGACACACUCAAAAGAGAAACCUUAUAUAUGUGAGGUGUGCAAGCAAGGAUUUACACAGAAGUCAUAUCUCAUCAGACACAGGUGGAGACACUCAGGAGAGAAGCCUUAUAUGUGCGAAGAAUGCAAGCAGGGAUUUGUAGGCAGGUCGACCUUCAUCAAACACAGGUGGAAACACUUAGGAGAGAAGCCUUACCUGUGCAAGGAGUGCAAGCAAGAAUUUGUAGGCAGGUCAACCUUCAUCGCACACAGGCGGACACACUCGGGAGAGAAGCCUUAUGUGUGCGAGGAGUGUAAGCGAGGAUUUACACAGAGGUCACAUCUCAUCACACACACCCGGAUACACUCAGGAGAGAAGCCUUAUGUGUGCAAGGAGUGCAAGCGAGGAUUUACGCAGAGAUCACAUCUUAUCACACACAAGCGGACACACUCAGGAGAGAAGCCUUAUGUGUGUGAGGAGUGCAAGCAAAGAUUUACACAGAGAUCAUACCUCAACACACACAGGUGGAGACAGGCAAAGGAGUCUUUUGUGCAUGAGGAGUGCAGGUGAGGAUUUACAGAGAGAUCACAGCUCAUCACACACAGAUGGACACACUCAGGAGAGAAGCCUUAUGUGUGUGAGGAGUGCAAGGGAGGACUUAGACAGAGAUCAUAUCUAACACACACAGGUAGAAAUAUAGGGAAAGAGGAGCCUUAUGUGUGUGAGGAGUGCAGGUGAGGAUUUGUAGACAAGUCAGCCUUCAUCCCAUACAAGUGAACAUGCUCAGGAGAGAAGCCAGUCAAAGAUUUACCAAGGAUUUAGACCUCAGUACAUGCAGAUAAACAUACUAAAGAGUAACAUCUUACACAUGGCAAGCACCAUGGGCAAUAGUUCAUUAUUUUGCCAAAUCUGAUCACAUAUAAACAGUAACAUCUUAUCAAUAGAUAGCCUAUAUACUAGGUACACAUAUAUGGAAGAAAUGGGACCCCCCCCCCUUUCUGAUCAGCCUGAGACAACAUUCAAAAAGUCAGCCUAACCACUGCCCGGUCAUUACUCUGAGAAUGGGGCUUAGAGUAAUUGAAUAGGCACAAGGCUUCCAGAAAUGAAUAUGAAUAGUUAGGAAAUAAUCUGAAGUUCAGUUUGGAGAGAUUAUGCUCCUUCUUGUGUUUCUGUUUCAUCCUGAGACAGCAUUCAAAUAACCACUGUCCAGUCAUUACUCUGAGAAUGGGGCAAAGAGUUAACUAAUAGGCAUAAGGCUUCUAGGAGAUGAAUUUGAAUAGUUAGGAAAUAAUCUGAAAUUCAGUUUGGAGAGAUUAUGCUCCUCGCUGUGUGUUAAGUGUUUUACUGCAAUAAAUUUUUCAAGUCUUUAUGCCUUACCACUAAGAAAAAAUG